UGACCCCUUCCUCCUUCUACCAUGGCAACUUUAAGGAACCCGAGCAGCGGGGAGACUGUGGGAGGAGCGACGGGUUGAGAUCCAGGUGGUCGAGCCUGCGUAAAAACGCACCAAACACAAGUCAAAACCGAAAUAGUGAGUGUCAUAGAAAAAAAGCUCGAUGCUCGAACUCCUGGCACUUCUAUGAAUGAAUAACCUGUGUUCCGAAAACGCCUCCUGGAUCAGCUGAUUUAGAAAUAACCAAAAGAGCGGAACGCGCUGCGUUGGUGCGUUGCUGCCAUCUCCACAGAAAACGGACAAAACAGGACCAAACGGUUCGGUGUGAACUCCAGAUUUGUGACCAAAGAAGGCAACUUUAAUUUAAACGAUCAAGAAGGCUUGUUUCAGCGACAAGUGGAGAUAUGUUCAAGAAAAGCAAGAGUAAAGUGCUGGUGGAUUAUGCGUCAGAGGAAGACGACAUGUCCUGGCACUAUCAUCACUCCUACAAGGACAAAGACAUAGAAGGAGAGGAAGAGGAAGAGGAGGAGGAAGCUGUCACUGCAGUAUCCAAGGAGGCCAAGGUGAAGAAGAUCAUGUCCAAGAAAGAGAAGAGGGAGAAGAAGAUGUUCUCCUCUAAAGAUGAUGAGCACUUCUUGUUGACCGGAGUAAAGCUGGCGGACCGCAGAGGGUCUCACAAGAAAAUCAAGGAUGACGAGAAGGAGAAGGAAAAGAAGGACAAGCCAGACAAGGGCCACUGUUUCUGGGAGAGCGUUACCAUGACGAUGAGGCAAAUCUCCCCCACCAAAAAACUGGAGAAGAUGGAGGGCUGGGAGCCACCUCACCUGGAGAACUUAACUGAGACUGUGACUGACGAAGCCCCAGAGGACAAGAGCCAGAAAGGGGGCUCACCAGUGUCCUUCCCCGACUCUCUAGGCCUCCCGUUGGAACUGGCCUCCUGGGCGGGCCGGGGUCUUGAGGAGGACUCCUCCCGCUAUGCUAAUCUGUCGGACUCCAAGGAUUCAACAGCUGCCAUCAGGUGGACAGCCCGUGCCAAAGUCAAGCUGGCUGGCAUCAGCAGGAUGAGCAGAGGGAUUGUGUCAGAAAGUGCUUGGGAGGGGUUUAAAUAGAAGCCAUUUUACCUUCUAUGCCUCUCCCUCCUCACCAAUGUACCAUCAGUAAAGAGGAUGAAGACCUGAACCAAAUAUCUGCUCGUCUCUGUUAUCUAGUUCUGGAUGAAAACGGUGUUAAUGUCAACUGGUAUUGAGAUGCUGUUGUAAAGCCCUGAACAUAACACAUGAUGUUUGUCCCUAUUGUUUUAGCUUUGAAGACCUUCAAGACAAUAUAUGUCAGUUUUAUGAAUAGGCUUUUUUUGGCUACUUUUAAAUCACUGGCAUAACUGUAAAUUACAACAAAUAAAAGCCUUAAACUACUGUACAGUUUUAACUGUGAUACCCACAGGCCUGCCAUUUAGACAUUUUAUAUUGCCAAGAGUGAGUAGAGUGAUUUUCAUGUCAUUAUUGUGGCUGUCAGUGGUAGAGAAUUCAUACGAAUAUGCAAACCUGCUACUGAAAACUUGGUUUUCAGUUCCUUUCUGUCUAUGCAGUUACAGCAUCUGUAAUUUAUCCAUAAACAAUGGGCUUAAAAUCUGUGCAAUCAUGAAUCAGUUUAUGAAACACGUUUGAUCUGGAAAAUCAGUGUGUUUGUAUGCGUGUGUGUGAACAAGAGGUAGAGGAGAGGAUAUGAGUUUGUUGAUAGACAGGCAUGCACAUUUGUAAUAUAGAAUGAGAUUUGAAGUUCUGUUGUUGUGUUGGGAAUAUGCGGGGGGAAUAAAUCCAAGCAACCCCUACAGUGUCACAGAUUGAUACGUUUAAAUCCAAUGCUGAUUUUUUUUAAUUUGUAAGGACAAGAUGACAACUCAAACUCUGUGUAUACAUGUUUCUCGAGAAAAGCAGUGAAUCCAUGCACCUGUGAAGUGCCUUGUAUCAAUAGAAUGACAUGUGUUGCUGUACAUUUGAACUAGACCAAAAAAUGAGCAAAAAAACUGCUGAGCUCAUCACAGUGUCUACGCAUGUGGGUCAACCCAGCAUGAAUUUGUGCUGCAUCAGCCAUUAAAGUGCUCAUAUUACGCUUU